AUGCUGAAUGAAUAUCUUGCCAAAUCGUUCGAUGAAUCGAUGAAUACAUUGUUACAUUAUGCGGUUUUAGGAAAGAGCGAUGAGAUCGUGCAAUAUUUAAUAGAGCUCGGAGCUGAAGUUAAUUCAUUGGGGAAAAAUGGCAAUACACCUUUCAAGCUAGCUGUUGACCGAAUCAAAAAACCGUUUAUAGAAUUACUGAACGAAAAUGACAUCGAUUUCAGUCUAGAAAGUAUACGGGAGGCCUUUGAAUUGAAAAAUUUGAGUACCAAAAUAUUUGAACAUCUCCUUCGCAGACUACAGACUAAGAUACUUGAUACUGAAUUGUUGGUCGAUGAAUUGGUGAUCGUGGGCUUUGACAUAAUGCUUUGUGCCAAGUAUUUGAGGAAUGUCAUCGUAAUUCGAUGCAUGUUGCAACGAGGAUUCGAUGUCAACUCGAAAGAUUGUUUUGGAAAGUCAGCAUUACAAAUUGCAUGUACAUACGAAGAAGCAGAAUUUGUGAAGUUACUAAUAGACCACGGAGCCGAUGUAAAUACUUUGGACCGAUGUGGACAUGGACCUUUAUGGGUUGCCGCGUGUCACAGAAAGAAGAACACAAUGAUAUUUUUGCUGGAAGCCGGCGCCAAUCCCAAUGUCAUAGAUGACUUCAACUUGACUGCGAUGGCAAUGAUUUUCAGCCACUUGAAUAGUUUACCGAUUGCAAUGGCGGACGAAUGCCUCGGCGUUCUUUUUCAUUAUGGUACUAUUCCUCAACGUAUCGACUAA